GGGAACCCAGAAGCAGGGACUAGGGGAACGAAAGGUGUAAAUAGAAAGCGAAAGCUCUUGGUCUCUCUCUCUCUCUCUCUCUCUAUUCCUCUCAUCUAUUUUACUAAAUGAAUGAAUGAAUUAUUAACUAGGACAUAAAUACAAGGAAUCACGCCUCCGCCGGGACCAGCAGACAGCUCCAAGUCUUUGAUAUUCGUUUUAGCCCAAUGAUACAUAUGUAUACUUAUCCAUGUACAUAUUUGCCUUGGUAGGACUAGAAGUAGGACCAGCAAGGCUUUUUUGAAUAACAUUUUUGACAAUACUUCGGAAGCUUCUCCACAAGGCCACCAAGAUUGCGCUGCUGCUGCCGCCGCUGUUACCACAACUCAUUGCCGGUCCGAAGAUGGCAACUUUAACGAACGGACAGGUGGAUGGCACAAACGGGCUGGUGAACGGAUUAAGCCACAGUCCAGCGGGCUGCGGGGGCACCAUCCCUAUGAAGGACCACGACGCUAUCAAACUGUUCAUCGGGCAGAUACCACGCAACCUGGACGAGAAGGACCUCCGACCGCUCUUUGAGGAGUUCGGCAAGAUCUACGAGCUCACCGUGCUCAAGGACCGCUUUACGGGCAUGCACAAAGGCUGUGCCUUCCUUACCUACUGUGCCAGAGAGUCGGCCCUGAAAGCUCAGAAUGCUCUUCAUGAGCAGAAGACCCUGCCAGGGAUGAACAGGCCUAUCCAGGUGAAGCCUGCGGACAGCGAGAGUCGAGGAGAAGACAGAAAACUAUUUGUGGGAAUGCUCAACAAGCAGCAGUCCGAAGAUGAUGUGCGACGUCUCUUUGAGUCGUUUGGCAGCAUUGAAGAGUGCACCAUCCUUAGAGGUCCUGAUGGAAACAGCAAAGGUUGUGCGUUCGUAAAGUAUUCCUCUCACGCUGAAGCUCAGGCAGCUAUCAGUGCGCUACACGGCAGCCAGACAAUGCCUGUGAGUUCAGUAUUCAAUAUGGGUGCGUCCUCAAGUCUGGUGGUGAAGUUUGCCGACACGGAUAAGGAGCGCACCAUCCGGCGCAUGCAGCAGAUGGCUGGUCAGAUGGGCAUCUUCAACCCCAUGGCCCUGCAGUUUGGGGCCUACGGGGCCUACGCACAGGUGCAGCAGCAGCAGGCAGCGUUGAUGGCGUCAGUAGGGCAGGGGGGCUACCUCAGCCCUAUGGCAGCCUUCGCCGCCGCACAGAUGCAGCACAUGGCCACCAUCAACGGACUCCCAGGAGGGCACAUGACCCCCACCUCAGGUGGCAGUACCCCCCCUGGUAUCAGCGGCCCCACGGUGACCAGUAUCCCCUCGCCCAUCAGUGUGAAUGGUUUCAAUGGAAUGCCACCCCCUCAGGCUAACGGGCAGCCCCCUGCCGAAGCUGUGUACACCAACGGGAUACACCCCUAUCCUGUGUUGCAGGAGGUGGUUUUUAGAGAGGACUCUGAGAAAAACAGCUUGGCUCAUCGGAGUUGUUUUGGGGUUCAGGGUGGCUGCUUCCUCUCUUCUCUCUCUGAAGCUCAGAGUCCCACUGCAGCAGACCACUUACAGCAGGCUUACACAGGAGUCCAGCAGUAUGCAGGUCUGUCAGUUUCACAUGCCUACCCUGCUGCAUAUGGCCAGAUCAGCCAGGCCUUUCCCCAGCCUCCUCCCAUCAUCCCACAACAACAGAGAGAAGGGCCGGAGGGCUGUAACCUGUUCAUCUACCACCUCCCUCAGGAGUUUGGGGAUGGCGAGCUGAUGCAGAUGUUCCUGCCUUUCGGUAAUGUCAUCUCCUCCAAAGUGUUUGUGGAUCGGGCGACAAACCAAAGUAAAUGCUUUGGGUUUGUGAGCUUCGAUAACCCAGGUAGUGCCCAUGCUGCCAUCCAGUCAAUGAACGGCUUUCAGAUCGGCAUGAAGAGACUCAAGGUGCAGCUCAAGAGGCCGAAGGAUGCCAACCGCCCCUACUAGCCCCUCCCCCUAUCAGCCACCCCUGCCCUGAGGGAUAUGGCAGUCACUGCACACAGGGCAACACAGGUUUUUAUUGAGCUGGAACACAUGUUGAUUAAAUGAACAACGUCAUUGAACUGAAAGACCACAGGAAUUAUUUGAGGCUGGUAUGAAACUGGAUCAUAUACUGGGCUGAACAUGAACAAAUUAAAUGACCAAGUAAUGGACACCUCUGUUGGAUGUACCUUUUGGACCUCAGAGAGAACUCAUGCAAGCCUGGGUAGCUCCAGGACGCUUACUCUCUUUAUCGCCUCCCCUCCUCUCUUUCUCUCUCCCUAAACCUGCCUGAAUGACAGCUACCUUACAGGACCACAAGGGAAGUAUUAUAAAAGAAGAAGAAAAAAAAGAAGAAAAAAAAAACACGGAACAGAGAUGGAGGAAGUAUGGAUGCCAAGAGUUCCAAGAACUAAACAAACUUUUAAAAAAUACUUUAUGGGGGAAUGCCAUAGGAGAUAUCUAUGUAAAGUUGUUGGGUAUGGGGAAAUAACUUUUUAAAGAACACUUUUACAGGACUAGGAGGAGAGAACUUUGUAGGGAAUGCGAUAUUUCAUGACCCAAACUCACUUUGAUUCGGGAUGGCCAUCUUUAGCUUGGAGUGCCUGUCGGUUUCCAGGGGAUACCGUUGCCAAGGAGAGCCAUAGCAACGGUCUCCAGGGAGUCUUACCUGUCAUUCCUUAGUUGUUUUAGGGACCAAAAGACCAAACAUUUUUAUUGCUGAGGACUUGUAGCUCUAUUAAUAUACUCGGACCACUGCAUCUCUUUUAAUCUUUGUUAAUCGAUUAAAGAGUUGCAUUUAAAAGAUGUGUACAUUUAGAAUAUAUAUACAAUAUAUGUAUAUAUACAUAUAUAUUGCUGUUAUGCUUUUUGAAUACAGGCAACACUAUUUCAGAUGACCAAUGGGGUCGCUCACUUCGCUAGUUUACAAUUAACUAUUCAAAAUGUUUAUUUUUUUUUCCCCUCUUCUCAUUUUCUCUUGGGGAUGGGAUGGAGUGUGCAUGGGAAGGGUUGUUCCAUACUGCAGCCUUACCUUUUCUAACUUGACAUCCUAACCUCAUAGUUAAAAGAUCAAAAAUGUUUGAAAUACAUGAACUUGUUUAUAUUUGCAGUACAUAUAUAUGUAUAUGUAUAACACGCAUUCAAGCUAAUGUAUUCAUAUAUAUACAUAUAUACAGUAUAUAUGGAUAAAUAGAUAUUAAUCAAACCAAUAUAUGUAUUUACAGUAUAUGCACAUAUUUUAUGUGUGUCUGUAUAUAGAACAGCUAUCGACUAUGAUGAGCUGUCAUUUUUUUGUAGAUUUUAGCUGGAGUUUGAAAAACUGCUCUGCUUGGGAAGAGGCGCAAAUCUGGCAGCUCCCAGAACUGCAGGCAUUCCUCUCUCUAAUAAACUAUAUAUGCUGAUACACACAUAUUCCUGAAUAUAUGUGUGAAGAUUCACAUACACUGUAUGUACGUGUACAUACCAUUUAAAAAAUGCAAAAAAAAGCCACUUCUCAGUAGCAGGCUUAAAGAGAAUCAGGCUAAAUUAAUUUUAGAGGUAGGACAAAGAUCUUUGACUUGAUUCCAAACAUAACUUUUCAGCUUCAAAGUACACUCUACACAAACUUAACAAGUAAAAACAACAUUCUCUUUGACAUUUGAACCAAAAUGGAUGAAUACCGUGACCUUUUCUCUCUCUUAAUUGCAUUCAGUAAGUAAGUGCAUGUAGCGUAUGGGCUGUCAACACAAGGUGUGCCUUGUCACCUGCAGAAUCUGCCAUCAAGCACUGUGCUUUCAAAACAUUACUGCAAGCAGCCAACGCGCUACGAUGAUGUCAAAACUGCAGUCGCAUUCCAUCAUGUCGUUUCACAUCUCCAUAGAGCUUUAGCAGUAAAGCAUGUCAAAGCUAACGAAUCGUUCAGAUGAUUCACCGUGGUCCUCUCACACAUGGAAAUUAGCAUCAAGUACUCUGACAGUCACAGACUCAUUGUGAUGUGUAUUUGUCAUUACAUUUUAAAUCAAAGUGGGUAUUAUAUAUUCUGCUAAUACAGGUACGAACUAAAGGGAGCACUUGGAAAUGCUGUGCGAGUAUAAGAACCCUUGAGGCUUGGUUCCACUGGGUUUGGUCUGACAUUGCGUAUUGUAUGGUUAUAACUUAUAGGUGAAAUUUCAUGUUAACACAUUGCAGACCUAGGAAGUGGUUUGUCUACUAAACACAAAGGAACCAGGAAGUGUUUUGUAAUGUAUACAGCCAGCGCCAAUUCAGCUAUUGUUGUAUGGAGCUCUCUCUAACUGUUCCUCACCAGACCAUUCCCCUAGUGCCUGCGUCCAACCUUUAAAUAAAAGGUGGGUAAACACUGAACGCUGGUCGAGAGCGCCAGGCUGUUCCCAACGGCAAUGCUAACAGUGCUAAUUUAGCGAACUAGGUGCAUAACUGCUAUGCUAUAGAAAUAGAAUGACUAGAACAUACAUCCCCAUUCAAGUCAAUGUUUGCAUAAUGGGUGGACUGGCGGCUAUGGCGAGUAUACCCAUAGGUGCAAAGCCAGGUUGAAGAUGACAAAUGUUAACAUCUAUGGGAUUCUAAAAAAAACAUAACUCUUUGCAACAAUGGGAUCAGCUAUACCAGUUAGCAAUGGCACUGGUAGUUAGCAACAGCGCUGGUCCCAGAUGUGACAUCGUGGUCUUAACCUGUAUAUUUUAGACGUAGGAGCAAAGCCGGAAGUCAAAUAUGUGUUAAAAUAUGUGUGAUUUGUUGAUUUAACUCAACUGAAAUUACAUUCCAUUGCAUGAGCCACAUCAGUUAACAUCAUUUGAAUUAACAUUCUACAUUACUAUGGAAAUGAUUGCAUCCCAAUACCAGCCAGCCAUUGUGAAUGUACCCAUGAGUUUACCAGUCAAAUUGCUAGGGUUAGAGGUUCCGAGACCGUUCUAUUCAAUCUAUUUCUAUGUGCUAUGCAUCAUAUCAAAACUGUGUUUACCUGGAUUUAGCCUCAAUUGCAUCCCUGCUACAAGGUCUGUGUCUCACCCAGUCUACCGCAAUGCAAACAGGCCUAAAGAUGUCAUUAGCACUCCUUUACACCCCCUUAUUUCCCUGGGUUUGUCAAGGAAAGUUCUGAAAUGACUCUCCCCAUUAUUUAUCAAAGGUCCACCCUAUCUUGAGAUCGGUUUCUUGUUGCACAAAUUUCCCAUUGACAUCAACCAAUUUAUGAUUUACUUGAAAUGCAAAGUUAUGCGUAAGUUCGGAUUCGGCUUCUAAGUCACGUCAAUGUGUCUCCCCAAACCAGUUAAAUGUAAUGUAAAAAUCUAGAUUUCUGCCUAAAUAGACAUAUCCAAAAGUAAUUACUUAUCAAGAGAGGGCCAUGAACAAUACAUAGUAAUGCUUAUUCUUUUAACCUUUCCGGGUAUAUUUUUAAAAAUCAUACAGAAUGUGUCCUAUUCAAUAAAAGUGGGAGAAUAGGGCAUGCCAUACUUUCUAAAUAUGGUAGCAAUCAAAUAAUAAACAACUUAAUAUAAUAAUUCACCUGUCUUAUAGCUGAUCAUACUUAGUGACUACAAAACUGGCACCAUUUCAAAUAACUACAACAAUUUUCUGCCCAGUGUCCUCUGAACGACUCAGAGACUCCAUUGAAAUGCCUGUUAACUCGUUACAACUUCAGCUUUAAGCACAAAGACGCACAACGUGCUGUGACCCAAGACAAAGUGGUCUUGUUUCAAUUCUACAAAAUAAUUUUGUAUUUGUUCAUGUAGAGAGCUCUUAAAUCCGAGAAUACCACAGCGAGAUGAUUAUGCUUUUGCUGCAAAUCGCGAGGCUCCCCUGUUUCAUAUACCAUAUUGUAAGUGGAGCUGAGAGUUUCACAGCCAGAGGAAAUCAACCCUUUGUUUGGAUAGGCCAGAAAAUGUGACGUGCCACUCCCUAUGCAAAUCAGGUGUCAGAUUUUACAUACUGCAUCUCAAUGAGAGCAGAGAGCAGUAUGUGAAGCGGGACAACCAGAGCUUUCACGGAGUGCACAGCAUUUGAUGUUGCGCCAUCCACAAGGCUCUCUGUAUACAAAAAUGGCGGUUGGAACUGGUUCAGAACUGCUCAAAGUCCCCUUAACUUCUGCGAAUGCCACCUUUCACUCAGCUCACGCUCUCAGUCACACUUUCCCAAUGAAAUUCAUCCCUCACUCUCCAUUUUGUUCUGUGUUUAGGUUUAUUUCCCUGCUUGCGCCCCUCUCUCUGCCUACUUUAACCCGCAUUCCAAGGCCUGAGAGUACUGGAUUGGUGUCAGCAAUUUGGUGGAAACUCCCUUAGCCUUUCAAAUAGGCUAUAGAGCUAUAUAGUGCAUUUCUUACACCUUUCCCAAUGCUUUCCAAUUGAGUGAAUGAAGGCAGAGGGAGAGGAAUGACUGGAAUUGAGCAUCUAUUUCACAUGCUAUAACUUUCAGCUGCAACUGUUUACAUAUAAAUUAAGAAAAAAAACAUAGUAGUUCAAAAACAAUGAGAAACAGAGCAGAAGUUUGAAUAUAAAUAUAUAUAAAUAUAUACAUAAACCAAUGAAUAUACUGUAAAUGUUUUUGUUGCUCUGUUUUCCUCUGUACAUAGGUUUGCAUAUUUUAUAGGACUUUUACUUCUAUCUACAAGGACUGAAUAAAACGAAACUUUAAUUACUUCAAAAAGAUGAACGAAAACAUCAUAAUAAUCAAUGAAACCAGGUUUAAAAAAAUAAAAAUAAAUAAAAAAAAGUCCAUAGGAAUAUGGUACAACUGUAUGACCUGACCUAGGCAUUUAACCAGAAAACAGUCAGGGAGAGCAUUGAACUCAAUUAGAGCAUAGACAUGCAUUGGCCUUUUUAUACAAGUGUUUUGCGUUUCUUUAAUUUAUUUAUGUAUUUAUUUAUUUAUUCUGUUUACAAAUGAUAUGCAUGAUUUCAUGGCAUUAUUUUUCUAUGAGUUGGUAUGUGACCAAAUAGUUUUUUAUAUUCAUGUAUAGGCCUACAUUGUGGUACAUUGUUGACCACUUAUUGUCUACAGGAUCACAACUUGCAACAGUUCUUUGAGAAAUGGAGAUUAUGCUCAUAUUUGCCAAGUUUGUUUUGUUACGUUUUCUCAGAGGUUUAUCUUUUCUUUUUUCCAUUUGUGAUGGUUUUAUUCAAUAUCAGAGCUCUACUGUUCUUUUAAAGCGUUAUGCUGCUGUUUUCUGAACUGUUUUACAUUUCACUUCCCCGCUCUUAAUAUUUCAAUGCACCUCAACUGUUCAAUCUACCUAGAUGAUUAAAGCUACAAAGUGCAUUCAAAUUGCAGUAUUUUUUGUGAACUUCUUACAUACAAGUUCCAAAUUCAGCUAAAUGUGGCAGCGUAUAAGGUUGCAAUGACAUGGUAAUUUCAUGUUUCAAAAUUAAAAUACAAAUGAAACCUUGCCAGAAUAAAAUAAAAAAUUGUUAGCUGUGAUUGUGUUCAACAAUUUGAAUGCACCUUCGCUGUUUUGUCAUUCUGUUUCAUAACUGCUCUGUUGUUGACCAUCUAAGCUCUUGGAAAUAUGGGAUAAACAUUAGGUUAAUAUUUACCACUUCUCCUUAGGACAAGGUUGCUAAAAUAUGUCUAUCCAUGAGAGGAAUUCCCUCUCUUGCUAAACAUUGCUGCUAAUGUAGGACUUGAAACCAUAAUUAGCUGAUUAGUGAUAAUUACUGCUUAGAAAUCCCACAUACAAUGUGUCCCUUAUUCUGAAGUGUCCCUUAUUCUGAAGUGUUAAGAGUUCUGUAUUAAUCAGAGAAAUGUUGUUUAUUUUGUCUCUAUCAUAUCUGUAUUUUGUAACAUCCUAUAGAGCUCUGAUGUUGUACAAGUGUUCAGUUCUAUCAAGGGUAAAAUACCUAUCAAAAACUGCACUAUUUCAUCAAAUAUUCAGUUACUCAAUUUCCGAUCAUGUGGUCUACCUUCAAUGCUGUUAUCAUGGGUUUAUUCCUACAUUCUAUUUCCUUCAAUGGAUUCAAAAGUAUUCUGAAGACUUCAGCACACGAAGGGGAUGGGGAAUUGAAUGUUGCGUGUAGCGCUUUACCUUGUCUGAUGAGGUAGGCUUCUCAUUGGUUAGUGCGCUUUAGGCUCCCGCCCUCGUCUCUCCAGACUGCACCAUUCUCUGAUCCCUGGACUAUUUUGUAAUUUUAAUGAAUGAUGCGUCUCAGCUUAGCCCAAUAAUAAAGCACAGUCUAGAAUACA